GGCUGCUCGAAAGGAGGUAUAAUAAGGCCUUUGAGUAAAAAGUUCUGUUUCCAAGACAGCACCUGGCCCUCCGCCUGCCGGAGUUCUGUGCUCAGUGGAGCCACUCUCAGGCAUACUUCUGAGAUGCCCACCCUGGCGCCCGCGACCUGUCUGACAUGAGUGGGACUGAGGUGGCCCCUUCGUGUCCUGGCGGAGUUAAGACAGGACCAAGCAACACUCUGAGCCAGCGGUUAUACAACCACCACAGAACUUUCCAGGAUCACUGGCUUCAUCUCAUUGAAAUUCAGGACCGGCUCUCCUCCUGGCUUAAGUGCAGAUUUACUGGGCUUUUGUUCCUCUGAAUAGCUCUUGCUGGAAGUCCAAGGCAGGAUGACUCGGCAGCAGUGAGCCCCUCACCCAGAGACCAGCGCUGCCACCACCAGAAGCAACCGGAGGGACACGCAGAAGGCAGACCGUACGUGGGUGUGUAUUUUGCCACCUCGUGUUCAGUUACCACCGUGAGCAAUGUAAUGGGCUUUGAGAAGCCAGCACAGCCUGGGCCUCAGAGCUGGGACGGACCCGAGGACCCGCUCCGUGAGGCACCUGGCGCCUUGCAGCUGCCCUGAAUCCAGACCGCUCGGCGCCAUGACACGGGAGGAGCAGUGCAGGGAAGAGCUCAGCUAUGACCGGAUGCCUACCCUGGAGCGCGGAAGGUCGGACGCAGGGAGCUACGCCCCAGACGCCAAGCCCGGUGACCUGCAGUUGUCCUCGAGGCUGCCUCCUUGCUUCAGUCACAAGAUGUGGAUCUUCUCUGUGUUGAUGGGGACCUGCCUGCUUGUGACAUCGGGGUUCUCCCUCUACCUGGGAAACGUGUUCCCUUCCGACAUGGACUACCUGCGCUGUGCUGCAGGCUCGUGCAUUCCCUCGGCGAUCGUGAGCUUCACGGUUUCAAGGAGAAACGUCAACGUGAUUCCCAACUUUCAGAUGUUGUUUAUUUCCACAUUUGCUGUUACCACCACGUGUUUAAUCUGGUUUGGUUGCAAACUUGUCCUGAACCCAUCAGCGAUAGACAUCAAUUUCAACCUGAUCCUGCUGCUGCUGCUGGAGCUGCUCACGGCGGCCAUGGUGAUCGUCUCCGCACGGUCCAGCGAGGCGUCUUGCAAGCAGAGGGGUUCCAUCUCUGACAGCACCAACACUUUGUACGAAGUGACAUUUCCUGCUCGGGUCCUGAAGUCCUACUCAGUCAUCGAGGUGAUUGCUGGCGUCUCUGCCGUCCUGGGUGGAGUCAUCGCUCUGAACAUGGAUGACACUGUCUCGGGCCCGCACCUCUCCGUGACGUUCUUCUGGAUUUUAGUGGCCUGUUUUCCAAGCGCCAUUGCCAGUCACGUGACAGCAGAGUGUCCCAGCAAGUGUCUGGUGGAGGUGCUGAUUGCCAUCUGCAGCCUCACGUCCCCGCUGCUGUUCACGGCCGCCGGCUACCUGACGUUCAGUGUGCUGAGAGUCAUGGAGAUGUUUGAAGCUUACCCGCCAGCCAUCAAGCACUCCUACGACGUGCUCCUGCUGCUCCUGCUGUUGGAGCUGCUGCUGCAGGCGAGCCUGCACACGGGCACCGUCAUCCAGUGCGUGAGCUUCAAGGUGGGCGCGUCCUGGGACGCUGCGCAGAUGGGCCUGCAGGAGCGCCCGGCGGGGCAGGUGGCCAGAAGCCCCCUGAAGGAGUUUGACAAGGAGAAAGCAUGGAGAGCCGUGGUGGUGCAGAUGGCCCAGUGACAGCGGGACAGGGAGGCCACGGCGCAGGGCUCGCCUUCCCCCUGCAUGUGGAACGGCAGACACGCGUGUGCUGGCACCGCCUACUGUUGUACUAACCCCUUCCCCGUUUGCCGGGCGGGCGGCGAGGUGGAGUUGCCACUUCCUGUGGUAGCUUAGUUUGCGAGGGCGGGCACUUCCUGUGGUGGUUUAGUUUGAAGCAGGCAAAGGCUGACCACCUCCUGCAUGUUGCCAGUCAGUUCAGGGCUCCCAGGGUGGCCUGAGCGCACACGGGCUGGAGAGAAAGGGCUCAUGCAGGGGCUGGUGUGCAGGCAGCUUUCCUGUCCUCUCUGUGACCUGCCACCGUGUCUGCCUCUCCUGCACAUCACCUGACUGUCCCACCUGAUUUGUUGAGCACCUACUGUGUGCAGACAGUGUACACCCUGGCAUAGCCGGCAUGGCUCUUACCCAUUUCGGCGUUUCCCUUCUGACAUGUGCCAAACAGAGCCCCCGCCAAGUACUGUCUCCUUGACAAGAGCACAGCCCAGGGCUCUGCUCUGCCUCCAGACAGGGAGUGUGGGCACAGGGCAGCCCCACCCACUGCGUCUGUCGCCAGUGCCCACGGGCUGUGCGCCUGCCCUCUCCUUUUCUUACCCCAGCCAUUGUGAGGGGACCCUGCCUGCUCAGGGGUGCUGGCCCAUGUCUGGCGGCUUAUUUGUACUUGUCACGUGUCAUUCUCAGCCUCUCAGCCCCUGUGAACCACCACACAAACAUGGACCCCGUCUACUGUGCCGGCUGAGUGUUCUUUGGGGUGGGGACACGUCCCAGGCUUUGAAAGCUGCCUGGGCCACAUUUCUGUGUCUCCAUGGCCUCGGGGACAGGGUGACAUGGGCGAGGCUGAGCUCCCUCAGGCCAGACCACUCCCACUGCCUACACACAGACCACCCUGGACUCCUCGUGGGUCCUCGCUGGGCGUUUUCCAGCCCUCGCCCUCUCCUAACAAGUAGUUUGUCUCCAUCCUCCCUGACCUCCUGCGCCUGUCACUCCCAAAUGUAAGAAUAACAUUCUCUUUGAUUGACACCAUGGCCAAGAAUUAGUUUGUGUGUCAUCUCCGUCCCUUGAGUACACCUGGAAUCUUCUGGAACUGCUAGGAUCUCCCCACUGACGUGGGCACCAGUGAGCUGGGAGCACCUUCUCCAGUGGGGAUGUGAGUGUCCUGGGUGCUGUUUCCAGGCCAGGGCUACACCUCGGAGUGUCUCUGUCCCUUGUCUCCCAGUGUAAGGCGGUAGUAAGCAGCCUUGUGCUGGAAGAGGCUGACAUCCGCUUUACUUAGUGCAGGUACAUCAGUUAGACCCCGCGGGCUGGUGAGGGGGGUCCGAAGGUCCUCUUGCUGUCUCACUCUUGAGCACGAGUGACGAGCUGCCAGCGACAUGACAGGUUGGGUCAUUUGCACUCAAACAGGAGGAGUGCAGUAAGACACCUGGGAGGGCGCACAGUGUCAGCUAAGGAAGUGUUCUCCAGAGCUGCUGCUCUGACCGCCUCCUGCUGUCCUUGGAAGGCAAGGCGAGGACCGGGGAGGACCAGGCUGGUUCCCAAGUAAGCGUGAGCGCUGCCAGGUGACUCUCACCUGCACACAGUCAGACCCCACCCAGCUGCAGCCUGGCCACCUCCCCUUCCUGCGGCUCCAGGGGUCAGGGGGUGGGGCAGGUGGGGUCUGCUCCUGAGCUGGGGAGAGGAGCCACCGGGACAGCACAGGUGAUGCCGACCUCUUUUGGGGGCUCCUGAAGGUCUGAGUCAGAGCCGUAAGUGGUGGCACCCAGGGCCUGACUACUGGCUGGUGCUUCCUUAUCUCGGAGAGCUUGUAAAGUCCAGACAAAUGGGGUUUAAAAACUUUGUAAUUCUGUCAACUUACAUUUUUCUUUGAUAUAGUUAAUACUGCCUGAACAAUAAAUGCUAACAUGCAAAUGUG